AGAGACUGUGAGGGAGAGACCUACAAGAACAGAAAAAGAGGGGAAAGGGAAGGACAGUGUUUGUGUGUGUCUCUCUGUGUGUGUGUGUGUGUGUGUGUGUGUGCAAGUGGAUGGGUGGGUGGGGGGCUUCUGAUGACCAAAACUAUUCAAGAGAAAAUUCAGGCUCCUACAGGAGGAUUCAGUGCAAUGAUCCCAGAACUUAACCGAAGGCCAUGGAGGGAGACGGGGGUGUAGCCUUGCAGAACCUGCUUUGGGGGGGUCACCAGGCAGUAACCGUUACUGCAUAGGCGUUGUCACUAAGCUAGAACCAUUUAACUGGCAAGGGUAAGCUUAAGACACCCCAUAACUAUGACUCUUAGACAGGUUGGAAGGGGGGGGCUGAGGUUGCAGACAAGGGGAGGAGGGGCACUUGAGGGUUGGGUCUUUGCCUCCCCCAUUCUCCGCUGUCACUACCCCAACAGUCGCCCGGGGGGCGGGCCCCGGAGAGGUGGGGAUGGGGGAGGGUAAUCUUGGCAGGCGUCUGCUGCAUGGCGUAGGUAGGGAGUGCUGAGGGGGGACGCGGGGGGGAACACGAGUGGGAAGCGGAGAGCCACGGGGAGGGGGAGGGGACCGGGAACCAUUUGAAUGAGAGGAGGGGAUCACGGGUAGAGUGGGCUCUGGAGAUAGGGCGGGCACGGGUGUGACGGGGCCAGACUCUUGAGCCAGGUAAGGAAAGCAGCCCAUACCCAGCCAUGGACCCCAGUGAUUUCCCCAGUCCAUUUGACCCAUUGACCCUGCCAGAGAAGCCCCUGGCUGGAGACCUUCCAGUAGACAUGGAAUUUGGAGAGGAUCUGCUGGAAUCUCAGACUGCCCCAAGUCGAGGAUGGGCUCCCCCAGGUCCCUCUCCAUCCUCUGGAGCCCUGGACCUGCUUGAUACCCCUUCUGGCCUGGAGAAGGACCCUGGAGGAGUUCUGGAUGGAGCCACUGAGCUACUGGGGCUGGGGGGGCUACUCUAUAAAGCCCCUUCUCCCCCAGAGGUGGACCAUGGUCCUGAGGGGACCCUUGCAUGGGAUUCGGGGGAGCAGACCCUAGAGCCUGGACCAGGGUGUCAAACCCCUGAGGUGAUGCCACCUGAUCCAGGGGCUGGGGCUAGUCCCCCUUCACCUGAGGGGCUACUAGAACCUUUGGCUCCAGAUUCUCCAAUAAUCCUGGAGUCUCCUCAUAUUGAAGAGGAGAUACCCCCCUUAGCUACAAGGAGAAGGGGCUCCCCUGGGCAGGAGGAGGAGCAUACCCAAGGGCAGCCACAGAGCCCCAAUGCACCCCCUAGCCCUUCAGUGGGAGAGACUCUGGGGGAUGGCAUCAACAGUUCUCAGAGCAAACCUGGGGUACGUACCCCUACUGCACAUCCUUCGUUGCCAGGAGAUGGCCUGACUGGGAAGGAGAUUGAGAAGCCGCCUGAGAGGGUACAGAAGAGAAGCGAGCGCGUUAGAAGAGCAGAACCUCCAAAGCCUGAGGUUGUGGACUCCACUGAGAGCAUUCCAGUGUCAGAUGAGGAUUCUGAUGCCAUGGUAGAUGACCCCAAUGAUGAGGACUUUGUGCCAUUCCGGCCCCGGCGCUCUCCUCGCAUGUCCCUGCGCUCAAGUAUGGCACAAAGGGCUGGGCGCUCUUCAAUGGGCACCAAGAUGUCUUGUGCACAUUGCCGGACACCACUGCAGAAGGGGCAGACGGCCUAUCAGCGCAAGGGGUUGCCUCAGCUCUUCUGUUCUUCAUCUUGUCUCACUACUUACUCCAAGAAGCCCUUGGGCAGAAAGACCUGUACCUUCUGCAAGAAGGAGAUCUGGAACACCAAGGACUCAGUUGUGGUACAGACUGGUCCAGGAGGCUCCUUCCAUGAGUUCUGCACAUCUGUCUGUCUCUCUCUCUAUGAGGCCCAGCAGCAGCGUCCAAUCCCCCAGUCUGGGGAUCCUGCCGAUGCCACUCGCUGCAGCAUAUGCCAGAAGACUGGAGAGGUUCUUCAUGAGGUCAGCAAUGGCAGCGUGGUACACCGACUCUGCAGCGAUUCUUGCUUCUCCAAAUUCCGAGCCAACAAGGGACUGAAAACCAACUGUUGUGACCAGUGUGGGGCUUACAUCUAUGCCAGGCCUGGGGGCCUUGGCCCAGAGCUCCUGUUUCAUGAUGGUCAACAAAAGCGGUUUUGCAACACAACGUGCUUGGGGGCAUACAAGAAGAAAAACACACGUGUGUACCCAUGUGUCUGGUGCAAGACCCUGUGUAAGAACUUUGAGAUGCUAUCACAUGUGGAUCGUAAUGGCAAGACCAGCUUGUUCUGUUCCCUGUGCUGUACCACUUCUUACAAAGUGAAGCAGGCAGGGCUCACUGGCCCUCCCCGACCCUGCAGCUUCUGCCGCCGCAGCCUCUCUGACCCUUGUUACUACAACAAAGUUGAUCGCACAGUCUACCAGUUCUGCAGCCCCAGCUGCUGGACCAAGUUCCAGCAUACUAGCCCUGAGGGGGGCAUUCACCUGAGCUGUCACUACUGCCAUAGCCUCUUCAGUGGCAAGCCUGAGGUCUUGGAGUGGCAGGACCAGGUCUUCCAGUUCUGCUGCCGUGAUUGCUGUGAGGACUUCAAGCGGCUUCGGGGUGUGGUAUCCCAGUGCGAGCACUGCCGGCAGGAAAAGCUCCUGCACGAGAAGCUUCGGUUCAGUGGGGUAGAGAAAAGCUUCUGCAGUGAAGGCUGUGUACUGCUGUACAAGCAAGAUUUUACUAAGAAGCUAGGCUUAUGUUGUAUCACCUGUACUUACUGUUCCCAAACCUGCCAGCGUGGCGUCACUGAGCAGCUGGAUGGCAGCACCUGGGACUUCUGCAGCGAGGACUGUAAGACCAAGUACCUGUUAUGGUACUGCAAGGCUGCCCGGUGCCAUGCCUGUAAGCGCCAGGGGAAGCUGCUGGAAACAAUCCACUGGCGUGGGCAAAUCCGUCAUUUCUGCAACCAACAGUGUCUGCUGCGUUUCUACAGCCAGCAGAACCAACCCAACUUGGAUACCCAGAGUGGGCCAGAAAGCCUCUUGAACAGUCAGUCUUCUGAGUCAAAGCCCCAGACACCCUCUCAAACCAAAGUGGAAAACAACAACACAGUGAGGACCCCAGACGAGAACGGGAAUUUGGGCAAGACUCCUGUGAAGAGAGCAACUCCAAGUGUGCCCACUCCUCCACCCCCACCGCCCCCGGCAACACCCCGCAAAAACAAAGCUGCCAUGUGUAAGCCGCUGAUGCAGAACCGGGGUGUCUCCUGCAAGGCGGAAAUGAAGUCCAAAGGAAGUCAGACAGAAGAGUGGAAGCCACAAGUGAUUGUGCUGCCCAUCCCAGUGCCCAUAUUUGUGCCAGUGCCUAUGCAUCUAUACUGCCAGAAAGUCCCGGUGCCUUUCUCAAUGCCUAUCCCGGUGCCUGUGCCCAUGUUCUUGCCCACUACCUUGGAGAGCACAGAGAAGAUCGUGGAGACCAUUGAGGAGCUGAAGGUGAAGAUCCCUUCCAACCCCUUGGAAGCUGACAUCCUGGCCAUGGCAGAGAUGAUUGCAGAGGCCGAAGAGUUAGACAAGGCCUCCUCGGAUCUUUGUGAUCUUGUGAGCAACCAGAGUGCAGAGGGACUUCUGGAAGACUGUGACCUGUUUGGGACAGCUCGGGAUGAUGUCCUGGCCAUGGCUGUUAAGAUGGCUAAUGUCUUAGAUGAGCCUGGACAAGACUUGGAGGCUGAUUUCCCCAAGAAUCCUUUGGACAUUAACCCAAGUGUAGACUUCCUCUUUGAUUGUGGCCUUGUAGGGCCUGAGGAUGUAUCUACUGAACAGGACCUUCCUAGAGCCAUGAGGAAGGGUCAAAAGAGGCUGAUGCUUUCUGAAAGCUGUUCCAGGGACUCUCUGAGCAGCCAGCCUAGUUGUACUGGUCUCAACUAUUCAUACGGUGUCAAUGCUUGGAAAUGCUGGGUACAGUCAAAAUACGCCAAUGGAGAGACCAGCAAAGGUGAUGAGCUACGCUUUGGCCCCAAACCCAUGCGUAUCAAGGAGGAUAUUCUCGCCUGUUCAGCUGCUGAGCUCAACUAUGGUCUGGCCCAGUUCGUGAGAGAAAUCACUCGGCCCAAUGGUGAACGAUAUGAACCUGACAGUAUCUACUACCUGUGUCUUGGCAUUCAGCAGUAUUUGCUGGAAAAUAACCGAAUGGUGAACAUUUUCACGGACCUUUACUACUUGACUUUCGUUCAAGAACUCAACAAGUCUCUGAGUACCUGGCAGCCCACACUCCUCCCCAACAAUACUGUAUUCUCCCGUGUGGAGGAAGAACACCUCUGGGAAUGCAAGCAACUGGGUGUUUAUUCUCCCUUUGUCCUCCUCAAUACCCUCAUGUUCUUCAACACUAAGUUUUUUGGACUGCAGACAGCUGAGGAACACAUGCAACUCUCUUUCACUAAUGUGGUACGGCAGUCUCGCAAGUGUACCACGCCUCGGGGCACCACCAAGGUGGUGAGCAUCCGCUACUAUGCCCCAGUCCGACAGAGGAAAGGGCGAGACACAGGUCCUGGGAAACGAAAGCGAGAAGAUGAAACUAUCUUAGAGCAGCGUGAGAAUCGCAUGAAUCCCCUCCGCUGCCCCGUCAAGUUCUAUGAGUUCUAUCUCUCAAAAUGUCCUGAAAGCCUCCGGACUCGAAAUGAUGUGUUCUAUCUGCAACCUGAGCGCUCCUGCAUUGCCGAAUCACCUCUCUGGUAUUCUGUGAUUCCCAUGGACCGAAGCAUGUUGGAGAGCAUGCUCAAUCGCAUUUUAGCUGUGCGAGAGAUUUAUGAGGAACUUGGUCGUCCUGGGGAAGAAGACCUAGACUGAACCCCUGUUGUAUCUUGUACCCAUCUAUCACAUCAGUGUCUGUCCUGGAACCAAUGCUAUCCAUUCUGAAGGGCCCUAACUGGCUUCUUCUAUUCUCUCCUUCCCUGCCUUUCCCAGGAACCCCUGCCUUUAACCUUCUUUCAUACCACUUGAUAAUCAUGGGGCCCCAGUGUACUCAGGGGCUAGUCCCCCAGUGACGGGUGUGAACCUGGUACCCCAUUUUGUUUAUGGAAACCCUUUCUGCUGGGGCCUGACUCUGAUGGAGUGAUGAUAGCUCUGGUGAUCCUGUUGGCUUUGCGUUUUCUGACCUACAUGUAUGUAGGUGAAGCCCUGUGCUCCUAGGUGUGACCUAGGGAAGAACCCAGCUGCCUUCUCUGCCCUGUAUCCUCUCUCUCUCCUCUUUCCCUGUACCAUGUGAAAGGGUCUUGUCUGAGAGGUCUGAAAGUGAGGGGACCAUUUACCUAAAGCACAGAGCUCAGACACUCUUAUCCCUCCUGAGAGAAGUGAUUGUUGACACCCUGCACUACCACAUCCCUUACCUGACUGACCCUUCCAGCACCACCCAGUGCUACAGUUUCUCAAGGGUUCCAAAUACUUUCUUUUCCUCAAAGGCAGAGAAUGACUCAGUAUGGAGAGCAGACUCCUAUUGUGCAGAUGAUUCCUGUCCCCUUGGUUUAUGUGUUUGUCUCUCUCUCUGCCAUCUUAAGGUGGCGUGAACCGUGGUGUCAACAUGCUUAGCCCCUCUGUAAGCUGCCUCCCUUUAGUUCCAUGAACAGAGCUCCCAAAGUAAAAAUGACCUUCGCACUUGGACUGGGGCUGGGUUCCCCAAUGUUCUACCCCCUACCAUCAAAGCCAGGCCCACAAUAUGGGGUCCUAGGCCAUCUAGGAUGGGGUUUGUGGUCAAAAGAUAGGUGAGGAGCUGUGGGCCAGGGUCCUGUUCCUACUGCCUACUGUCUUCUCUUCCCCAUCUUAACUUUGUGGGCCCAGAAAGGUUAGUGUCUGUCAGAGGGAGCACCCAGUUCUUUCCCUGUUGGCUUUGCUGUUCCCCAGCCUUCUUUUUGUGUUUUUAUAACUGUCCUCAGUUUAGCCACUGUUAAAAUGUAUAUAUUGUACUGAGGUGCCUGGCCUGUUCCUUCAGUGAGCCAUGCCCACCCUUGUGUUGUAGUGAGAAACUGUUGUCACAACUAACUUGUCUCUGGAAUUGUUUCAAAUAAAGAGUUAAAAUUG